AUGCUGUCUAUCCUACGUCCAAUAUUUAUUAAAAAUCCUUCAUUAUUUGGUGCAUUAAACCCUCGUCGAACAAUGGUUCAAAAAUUAACUGAAGAAGAAAUCAAGACAUUAGAAACCAAAUCAUGGGCAUUAGUUCCAGGACGUGAUGCUGUAAAAAAAACUUUCAAAUUUAAAGAUUUUAAUGAAGCCUUUGGGUUUAUGACCAGAGUGGCAUUAAGAGCCGAUAAAGUUGAUCAUCAUCCAGAAUGGUUCAAUGUUUACAACCGUGUUGAAAUUACUCUCACCACACAUGAAUGCAAUGGUCUAUCUAAACGUGAUCUUGACCUUGCAGAUUUUAUUGAUAAAAUCGUUUAA